CACCCCCCUCCCCUGCCUGCAGACCCCACCUGUGCCCCAGCCCCUCAGGACUCGUCCAGGAGAUGGGGGGUGACGCGCCCAGCACCAGUGGGAAGUCAGGACGGCAGGCCAGAUGGGAGAGGCUCUGUGGGCAGACGUGGCCGCUGCGGGCCGAGGACCGGGCACAAGCAGUCUAGAAGUGCUUGUCGAGUGGGGAUCCUGGCCCAGGGGUGCUGUGGGAGCACCUGGGGCCUGGGCUAGGAGAUGGGGCAGGGAGCAGGAUGACCCCCAGCCUGGCAGCAAAGAGGGGAGCCCUCAGCCCAUGGGAAGACUCUAGGACUCUCAGAAAAGCCAACUGUCAACAUCAUGCUGCUCAGCCUCCCGGACCCACGUGCCAGCAUCCCCCAGCGCCCCCUCCAUACCGGGCACGGCUCCGAGCACUCCACUUCCUCCGACAGCAACCUGUGAGGUUCCUUUUGGCAUGGAGCAUGUGCUGAAAACUCUUAAGUAGGCCAGUAGCUGACUGCUGCCCGCCUUCCCCUGGGCCAUGGACACCCCUGGCUAUGCUCUGUUGGUGCCCACGACUUCAGAGCCCGGGAAUACCUCCUUGGCCUGGCCCCUGGAUGCUGCCCUGGGGAACAGGUCAGGGGGCCCGAGCCCGGCCGGGCUGGCCAUCAGAGGCAUUCUGAUCCCCCUGGUCUACUUGGUGGUGUGUGUGGUGGGCCUGCUGGGUAACUCGCUGGUCAUCUGCGUGGUCCUACGGCACACGGCCAGCCCGUCCGUCACCAACAUCUACAUCCUCAACUUGGCGUUGGCGGAUGAGCUCUUCAUGCUCGGACUGCCCUUUCUGGCCGCCCAGAACGCACUCUCCUACUGGCCCUUCGGCUCCCUCAUGUGCCGCCUGGUCAUGGCCGUGGACGGCAUCAACCAGUUCACCAGCAUCUUCUGCCUCACCGUCAUGAGCGUGGACCGCUACCUGGCCGUGGUGCACCCCACGCGCUCCGCCCGCUGGCGCACGGCGCCCGUGGCCCGCACGGUGAGCGCAGCCGUCUGGGCCACCUCGGCCGUGGUGGUGCUGCCCGUGGUGGUCUUCUCGGGCGUGCCCCGCGGCAUGAGCACCUGCCACAUGCAGUGGCCCGAGCCGGCGGCCGCCUGGCGGGCCGGCUUUAUCAUCUACACCACCGCCCUGGGCUUCUUCGGGCCACUCUUGGUCAUCUGCCUCUGCUACCUGCUCAUCGUCGUCAAGGUGCGCUCGGCCGGCCGCCGCGUGCGCGCGCCCUCCAGCCAGCGGCGGCGGCGCUCGGAGCGCAGGGUCACGCGCAUGGUGGUGGCCGUGGUGGCCCUCUUCGUCCUGUGCUGGAUGCCCUUCUACGUACUCAACAUCGUCAACGUGGUGUGCCCGCUGCCCGAGGAGCCUGCCUUCUUCGGCCUCUACUUCCUGGUGGUGGCUCUGCCCUACGCCAACAGCUGCGCCAACCCCAUCCUCUACGGCUUCCUCUCCUACCGCUUCAAGCAGGGCUUCCGCCGCGUCCUGCUGCGGCCUUCACGCCGCGUGCGCAGCCAGGAGCCCGCCGCCGGGCCGCCCGAGAAGACCGAAGAGGAGGAGGACGACCAGGACGACGAGGAGGACGGCGAGGGGGGUCGCGAGGAGCAGCGGCGGGAGGGCAAGGAGCUGAACGGCCGGGUCAGCCAGAUCACGCAGGCGGGCCCCAGUGGCCAGGAGCGGCCACCCAGCAGCAGCGCGGCCCGCAAAGAGCAGCAGUUCCUGCCCCAAGAGCCCUCUGUCCCGGACAAGCCCAGCGCGCUGCACAUUAGCUAUCUGUAGGGCCCGGGGCUGGCCGCGUGACCUUGGAUAGCCGCCUGCCGUGGCUGCACCUGGCUUUCUCCUUGGUGACUAAGGGCUGGGGUGAUCAGCCCUGUGGGUUCUGGCUGACCUCUCUGAGCAGGGCCCGGCUGGUGGCGGUGGUGCGCCCUGACCCUCCCCAACUCUUUGAGACUUGGGGUGCUGGGGAAGCAACUCUCGGAGCGACCAUUGUGCAAGGCCUGGGUUUCCUGGGACAUGAGAAAUGCCGGGGUUGGACUGGGGCUGCAGAUGGAAGGACGUCUUGGCUGGGGGGAAGAAACGGAGGCGCAUGAGAGCCCACCCAGAUGAGCUCAGCUCCUAGGGGCUGGCAGUUUCGGUGCCAGCUUGUGCCUCACCUGCCGGCCAGGCACAUGUCCUCCGGGACCUCUGAUCCCAUGAUGUGUGUGGGGCCUGGGCUCCUGGCCACGGUGGCCAGAAGGCUGUUUUCCAGGAGGUCGCUACUUCCUGUGAGUAGGCCCUUCCGAGGCCCUGCCCUUAAUCUUGUACGUGUCCUUUUGUAUUCCUUGUCUUAUAGGAGGUCCCCAAAUCAUGUGCUUAGGUCCUGCAAAGCCUAGCUGCCCACCCCCCUGCUGGGAGGAGCUGCCCUCUCUCCAAAGCAGCUCACUCUGGGCCCUGACAUUACGGCCUGGGUGUCCCCAGGUCUCUGAGGAGAUAUUACUCCCCCCCACCCCCCCAGGGCAGUCAACUGCUCCUCCUCCCAGAAGCCAAUGCAGGUCCUAACCCCAUGCAGGCUGGAAGGUCAAACAGCUCUGUGAGGGAGAGGGAGAGGGAGAGGAAAAGGGUGAACGAGACCAGGGAGCAGAAGAUGAGAGGAAGAGGAGGAGGAAGGAAGACUAGAAAAACAGGUUUGGCCCAUGACCUUGGUGCUGACCUUGGCCCCUGGGCUGCACCCAGUUGCUGUGUCUGUCAAGUGGGGAUGAUGAUGCCUGGCCCGGCCAGGCCCAGAACAGGUCUCUGAAGCAUACAGGCAGGCCUUGUCAGGGCUGGCACUGGGCUACUACUAACUGCAGGAUCAGUAGUUCUAACCCACCAGCUGCUCCGUGGGAGAAAGAGGAAGCUCUCUGUUUAAGAUUUAGAGUCUCAGAAGCCCGAGGGCUCAGUUCUACUCUGUCCCAUAGGACUUGGUGGCAAUGGGUCUUGGUGGCUCAGAAAGAGGCCCUGGGGUGCUGAGAAGUGGUGCCCAAGUUUG